GAGGGACCACAAAAAAUGGUCCAAGGAGAUCCUGCCUCUCGUCAUAUGAACCCCUCAAUCCCGUUUGUUCGUUUCCGCUACGAUUGGUUGAUCCAUCCAACAAUGUUGAAGCAAGCAGCCCUGCAACCCUCCCUCGCCUUCUUCCCGCGCCGCCCUGUCCUCUCCGCCGGCAGCAACUCGGCUGUGCUACCCUUCGGGAACCGCCGCCGCCAGAAUGGCAACAGCAAUAAGGUGCGUUGUGCUGCCGCGGCCGACGAGUCGUCGGCUGCGGGGAUGGAGCCGCCAACGUUACUGACGGCAACGAAGAGGCCGGCGACGGUGAAGGCCGUGGUCACCGUCCUGAUGACCGUCGGGGGAGUGUUCGCGCACGUGGGCAUCACGCGCGGGCUCGACGACUUUGGCGAUUUGUUCGGCCGUAGCCUCCGCCUUGAGCUCGUCGGCGCCACGCUUGACCCCCAAACAGAAUCGGAGAAGAAGACGGUCUCGGCCUUCGCCCACAAGACCAAGACGGGAGUCGAGAGCAUUACGUACGAAGCAACUUUCAGCGUACCUCCAAAUUUCGGAGAGAUCGGAGCAGUGGCCGUCCGAAACGAGCACCACGAGGAGAUGUUUCUCAAAGAUAUCGUUCUCACGAUCGACGGCGACGAUUCCGCUCCGCUUGUUUUCAGUUGCAGGUCUUGGUUGCACUCCAAGUUUGAUGAUCCGCAAGACAGAGUCUUCUUCACCAGCAACAAGUCUUACUUGCCGUCGGAGACGCCGAGCGGACUCCAGCGUCUGCGGCAGCGGGAACUGGAGAUACUGCGCGGCGACGGCACCGGCCAGCGGAAGAAGUUCGAGAGGAUUUAUGACUACGACGUGUAUAAUGAUCUCGGGAACCCCGACAGCGACUCCGCCCUGGCGCGGCCCGUCCUCGGCGGCUCCGUCGCGCACCCCUACCCCCGCCGGUGCCGCACUGGCCGCCCUCCAACCCACUCAGAUCCUAAAUCCGAGCAGAGGAGCGGGAACGUGUACGUGCCGAGGGACGAGAGCUUCUCGGCGGUGAAGCAGGUGACGUUCUCGGCGAAGACGGUGCGGUCGGUGAUGCACGCGCUGCUGCCGUCGCUGGAGACGGCGAUGGUGGACGCUCGGAUGGGCUUCCCCUACUUCACCGCCAUCGACAAGCUGUUCGACGAGGGCGUGGCUCUGCCGCCGCACGACUCCAUGCACGCCUUCCGCACCAUCGUGCCCCGCCUCGUGAAGGCGCUCGCCGCCGGCGCCCAGAACCUCCUCCAGUUCGAAGUCCCAGAGAUGAUCGACAGAGACAAAUUCUCAUGGUUUAGAGAUGAAGAAUUCUCUCGGCAGACUUUGGCCGGUCUCAAUCCUCUCAGCAUUCAACUAGUCACGGAAUUUCCAUUCGUAAGCAAGCUUGACCCAAGCAUUUACGGCUCGCCGGAGUCGCUGAUCACGGCGGAGCUCAUCGAGAGAGAAAUCAAAGGAAUCAUGGCCUUCAAAGAGGCGUUGGAGCAGAAGAAGCUGUUCAUAUUGGACUACCACGACCUGCUGCUCCCGUUCGUGCACAAGAUUCGGGAACUGGAGGACUCCACGCUCUACGCCUCCCGGACGUUGUUCUUCCUCACGCCGGAGGGCACCCUGCGGCCGAUCGCCAUCGAGCUCACGCGGCCGGCGUCGCCGAAGAAGCCACAGUGGCGGCAGGUGUUCACGCCCAGCUGGGACGCCACCGGCGCCUGGCUCUGGAGGCUCGCCAAGGUGCACGUCGUGGCCCACGACGCCGGCUACCACCAACUCGUCUCCCACUGGCUCCGGACUCACUGCUGCAUGGAGCCGUACAUCAUCGCCGGCAACCGGCAGCUGAGCCAAAUGCAUCCGAUCUACCGCCUGAUGCACCCCUACUUCCGCUACACUAUGGAGAUUAACGCCCUCGCUCGCGUCUACCUCGUCAACGCCAAUGGCAUCAUCGAGCAGACCUUCGCGCCGGGAAAGUACUCCCUCGAGCUCUGCUCCGCCGCCUAUGGCCAGCAGUGGCGCUUCGACAUGGAGGCUUUGCCUGCCGACCUCAUCCGAAGGGGAAUGGCGGUGGAGGAUCCAGAAGCAGAACACGGUCUCCGGCUCACAAUCGAGGACUACCCCUACGCCCAGGACGGCCUAUUGAUCUGGUCUGCCGUCGAGCAGUGGGUGGCCGAUUACGUGGGCCACUACUACUCCUCGCCGGCCGACAUCGCCGCAGACUCCGAGCUCCAAUCGUGGUGGACGGAGGUGCGCACCAAGGGCCACGCCGACAAGCAGAACGAGCCAUGGUGGCCGUCGAUCGACUCUCAGGACGACCUCGUUCGGGUCCUAACCACCAUCAUCUGGGUCGCCUCCGGCCACCACGCUGCCGUCAAUUUCGGGCAGUACCAGUUCGGCGGCUACUUCCCCAACCGCCCCUCCACCGCGCGGACCAACAUGCCGGUGGAGGACGCGAGCGACAGCGACCUGGCGAAGUUCCGGGCCAAGCCGGAGGCGGAGCUGCUGCGUUGCUUCCCGUCGAAGAUCCAGGCGACGCUGGUGAUGGCGAUCCUGGACGUGCUGUCGUCGCACGCGCCGGACGAGGAGUACUUGGGGAAGGAAGCAGAAGCAGCGUGGGAGAAGGAUCCAGUGAUCCACGCGGCCUUCGAGCGCUUCAACGGGCGACUGAGGGAGAUCGAGGGGAUCAUCGACGGGAGGAACGCCGACUCGACACUGAUGAACCGAUGCGGCGCCGGGAUCGUGCCGUACCAGCUCCUGAAGCCCUACUCUGAACCAGGAGUCACCGGAAUGGGCGUCCCCAACAGCAUCUCCAUUUGAGUCUUGCAAAUCGAUGUAGCAUCGUGCAUUCAUCAGAAAUAAUUGUGCUCCGACCAUCUAGUUCUAUCGAGUGCAGCUUUUAGUACA